CUCAUCUUCUAUCCCAGUCCCCGUUCCCUUGGUUCUACUAUACCUAGAACAUAAUGCCUCCUUUACCAGGUGAAGAGCGUGUGCUGACCGUCUUCGCCGAUAUCCACUCUUAUUUUACAGCUCCUACUCCCAAACCUCAAUAUCAUCGUUUCGAUAAGGGCUCAUAUUUAUAUCUCUAUAAAAAUGCAUCCCAGCAGAAGUUAAGAAUCGAAGUUGCCAACAAUCCUGGGAGUUCAGAUCAGGACGCAUUCAACGGAUCGUUGGAUCAUGUUCAUCUGCGCCAUGCCUCUAGAUUCCCAACCCUGUGCACCCUGACUGUAGAUGGGAACAAUCAGCAGACCUCAGAGGUCUUCCCACCUCCGCCGGUGAACAAUCCGUACGAAUGGCAAUUACCUCUAAGUGGCCCGCAAGUCGGAAGCACAGACCUGCACCGACUCCAUACAAUAGACGUCUACUUCUGGACUCUGGACGACGCAAAUGAGUUCUUAAACUUGGUGGAACGAUAUUUGUCGCAGUCCCAGGUUGAGACGGACCGGCAUCCCUAUCCAGCUCCAGCAGGCUCUACAGUCAGUUCUGUUGUUGAACAGCUGGAGAACGUGGCAAUCACGGAUCCUGCAUAUCAGAAUGGACAGACUCGCAACUCUCGAUCGGAAGCGGUCUCUCCUCCUGCGUCCCAACAUGUCGCCGCUCCAGCAGCUCUUCCUCCUCCUCCUCCUCCGACACCACCCAAUUCGCACCCUUGCCAUACAAUCCGGCCGCCCCGCCGCCCAGAACCCAUCCAGCACCGCGAGAAGACACCACCCCCGGUAGACGCCACGGACGGCACAGGACUUGCAGCAGCGGCAGCAGCAGAUCACGGCACUCCAAUGACACCUCCCUCCCAGCUCUCAGGAGGGGGAGGAGGCUACGGACCUCCGCCGAGUCACGCACUGCCCUACUCUCCCCCCGGGAGCUACGCCUCACCUCCCCCAAGCGCUGGACUCACGCACUCAGGCUCCUUUUCCUCCCAAUCGUCCGUGCACAGCCCGCCUGGUGUCCCGUCAUACACCCCAGCCUUCCUCGCAGGUGGUGGUGCAGUUCCACCAGGAACCCAGCCAGGAGCAAUGUCCUUCGCCCCGCCCCCCGUGGAUCCAAACGCACAUCUGCACGCGCACGGGCAAAGUCUCUACGGCUCCAAUCCCCAGCUCCCGCCUCCAGUUCAAUCUCAACCCCAAAUCCAGCCUACGUCGCCCCCGCCGCCGAUCGGCGGCUAUUCCAACUACUCCUACGAACCAACCCCGCAGUCCGCAGCACCGAACUAUGACUAUGCCGUGCAUAAACAACUGUACCGACCCACUGAGGCAGAGGCCAAUUCCCAUUCUCAGAAGCAUGCGCAGAAAGCCAUGCAGAACCCGGGACAGCGCUCGCGAAAGUUCGAGGAUGGUGCAUCUCGGGUGGAAAGUAGUGUGAACAGGUUCCUAAAGAAACUUGAGAAGAGACUCUAG